GAAAAUAAAAUAUGCCAUUAUUAAUUUUCAAAUCGUCGUUUUGUUUCUUUCUUUUUCAUUGUUAUUGGAAUGGUUGUUGGGUUAGUUUAAUUUCGAUAUAUGAAUUUGGAGCUGAGUAGCAUUGCCUCUGAAACAGCAGCUGGGUUCCUCUCGCUUUGCUCAAAGAAAUGGCCAACGAAAGAGACGCAGCGGCAGGAAGCGGUGGCAGCCUAGUUUUUGCAGUUAACGGAGAGAGGUUUGAGCUCCCGACCGUUGAUCCUUCAACCACUCUGCUCGCCUUCUUGCGUUCUGAGACGAGAUUCAAAAGUGUCAAGCUCAGUUGCGGUGAAGAAAUGGCCAGCGAAAGAGACGCAGCGGCAGGAAGCGGUGGCAGCCUAGUUUUUGCAGUUAACGGAGAGAGGUUUGAGCUCCCGACCGUUGAUCCUUCAACCACUCUGCUCGCCUUCUUGCGUUCUGAGACGAGAUUCAAAAGUGUCAAGCUCAGCUGCGGUGAAGGUGGUUGCGGUGCUUGUGUUGUGCUACUGUCCAAGUACGACCCUGUUGUCGACGAAGUGAAAGAUUUUACUGCAAGUUCAUGUCUCACUCUGCUUUGCAGUAUAAAUGGAUGUUCAAUUACAACAUCCGAAGGCCUUGGAAAUAUCAAAGACGGGUUCCACCCAAUUCACCAAAGGAUUGCUGGUUUCCAUGCUUCUCAAUGCGGCUUUUGUACUCCUGGCAUGUGUGUUUCACUCUUUGGAGCUCUUGUCAAUGCUGAAAAGGCGAAUAGACCUGAUCCCCCUCCUGGGUUCUCCAAGCUUUCUGUUUCCGAAGCUGAAAAGUCUAUUGCAGGUAACCUCUGUCGAUGUACUGGGUAUCGACCAAUUGUUGAUGCCUGCAAGAGUUUCGCAUCUGAUGUUGACAUGGAGGAUUUGGGGUUCAACUCCUUUUGGAAAAAGGGAGAUAGUAAGGAAGUAAAAGUAAAGAGUUUGCCUCUAUAUAACCGUAAUGGUGACAUCUGCACAUUUCCGGACUUCUUAAAAAAAGAAAUUUGUUCUUCCAUGUCUUUGGAUCCUACGAGAUAUGGUUGGUACAAUCCUCUUAGAGUUGAGGAGCUUCAAAACUUAUUGAAAGAUAAUGAUUUUGAUAAUGCAAACGAGAUGAAAUUAGUUGUUGGAAACACAGGGGCGGGCUAUUACAAGGAGCUAAAGCGCUAUGACAGAUACAUUGAUCUCAGAUGUGUUCCUGAAUUAUCAAUGGUUAAGAAGGAUCCUGUGGGGGUUGAGUUCGGAGCAACUGUAACAAUCUCUAAAGUUAUUGAGUCUCUGAAGAAGAAAGAUAGCGGUGGAUCUCCAUCAAGAGGUGGUGAUGUGUCAAAAAAAAUUGCCAAUCAUAUGGAGAAAAUUGCUUCAGGGUUCAUCAGAAAUACAGGUAGUAUAGGAGGGAAUUUGGUGAUGGCACAGAGAAAAUGUUUUCCUUCAGAUAUUGCUACAAUACUUCUUGCUGUGGAUUCAGAGGUAGAUAUAAUGAAUGGUGCUAGAUCUGAAACGGUUAUGUUAGAGGAUUUUCUGAAAAGGCCUCCAUUGGAUCCGAAAAGUGUACUUUUAAGUGUUAAAAUCCCAAAUUGGGAAGCAGUUAGAAAAGUUUCUCCAGAAACCAACACCAUGUUGCUUUUUGAAACCUAUCGAGCUGCACCAAGACCCCUAGGAAGGGCAUUAGCUUAUUUAAAUGCUGCCUUCCUAGCAGAGGUUUCGUUUGGUAAGAUUUCCAAUGCAAUUAUGGUGGAUCAUUGUCGUCUGGCAUUUGGUGCUUAUGGAACUAAACAUGCAAUUAGAGCAAGAAAGGUUGAGGAAUUUUUAACUGGAAAAGUGCUGAGUCCUGGUGUUCUAUAUGACGCUAUUAAAUUAGUUAGGGAUGUUCUGGUUCCUGAAGAAGGAACUACGAGCCCUGCUUACAGGUCAAGCUUGGCUGCUGGUUUUCUUUUCGAGUUCUUUAGCCCCUUAAUUGACAGUGAAAGUUGCAAAGGAUUCUUGGGAAAUACUUUGUUGGCCGAUGCUUCCAAGUUAGAAAGGAACAAAGGUGCUAGCGAUAAGAUGAGAACUGUUCUGUCAUCUGGUAAACAGGUGAUUGAAUUAAGUACAGAGUAUGAUCCGGUUGGUAAACCAAUUACAAAAUCUGGAGGUCUCAUUCAAGCUUCAGGUGAGGCAGUCUAUGUAGACGACAUUCCAUCUCCGAAAAAUUGCUUACAUGGAGCGUUCAUUUAUAGUACAAAGCCUUUGGCUAGAGUGAAGGGAAUAAAACUUGAACCUAAAUCACAUCCAGGAGUUACUGCACUGAUAUCUUUCAAAGAUAUUCCCAAGUCUGGGGAGAACAUUGGGUCUAAGACUUUUCUUGGUACAGAACCUCUGUUUGCUAAUGAUCUUACAGAAUGGGCUGGUCAGCGUCUUGCUUUCGUGGUAGCAGAUACGCAGAAACAGGCAGAUAUGGCUACAAACUUUGCGGUGGUUGAUUAUAACAUGGAAGAUGUAGAUCCACCUAUCUUAUCAGUCGAAGACGCAGUUAAGAGAGCAAGUUUUUUUGAGGUCCCUCCUUUCUUGUAUCCGAAACAGGUCGGUGACAUAUCAAAUGGAAUGGCUGCAGCUGAUCACAAGAUUAUUUCUGCUGAGAUCAAACUUGGUUCACAAUACUAUUUCUACAUGGAGACACAAACAGCCCUUGCUGUACCAGAUGAAGACAACUGCAUGGUGGUUUACACUUCAAGUCAAAUGCCUGAGUCUAUACACUCUACAAUUGCAAAAUGUCUUGGUAUUCCUGAAAAUAAUGUUCGUGUAAUUACAAGAAGGGUCGGAGGGGGCUUCGGUGGAAAGGCCAUGCAAUCAAUGCCUGUCGCAACUGCAUGUGCUCUUGCAGCACACAAAUUACAUAGACCUGUACGGAUAUAUCUCAAUCGCAAGACUGAUAUGAUAAUGGCUGGAGGAAGGCAUCCCAUGAAGAUAACUUACAGUGUGGGAUUCAAGUCUGAUGGGAAGAUUACAGCUUUAGAACUUGAGAUAUUGAUAAAUGCAGGGAUUUUCAUAGACUUUAGUCCAUUAUUGCCAUUAAGUAUUGUGACUGCACUUAAGAAGUAUGACUGGGGUGCUCUGGCUUUCGAUAUCAAGGUGUGCAAAACAAACACUCCAAGUAGGUCUGCUAUGCGGGCCCCUGGGGAGGUGCAGGGGUCAUUUAUCGCUGAAGCUGUAAUUGAACAUGUAGCAUCCAUCCUUUCUAUAGAAGUAGAUUCUGUGAGAAGCGUUAAUCUUCACACAUCUCACAGCCUUGAUUUGUUUUACAAGCAGAGCGCUGGUGAACCCCUGGAGUAUACUUUACCAUUGAUAUGGAACAAGUUGUCCAUGUCUUCAAGCUUUAACCCAAGGACUGAGAUUGUAAAAGAAUUUAAUAGGUGUAAUAAAUGGCAGAAAAGAGGAAUUUCUCGAGUACCAAUAUUGUAUGAAGUGUCAUUGAGGCCAACUCCGGGAAAAGUAGGCAUUUUAAGUGAUGGGUCUGUUGUUGUUGAAGUUGGAGGAAUUGAACUGGGUCAGGGGCUCUGGACGAAGGUAAAACAGGUGACAGCUUUUGCUCUUGGUUCGAUUCAUUGUGAUGGUAGUGGAGAUUUCUUGGAUAAAAUACGGGUGGUGCAAUCAGAUACAUUGAGCUUAAUUCAAGGGGGAAUGACUGCUGGGAGUACUACAUCUGAGACAAGCUGUGAGGCAGUUAGACUUUGCUGCAAUAUUUUGGUUGAGAGGUUAGCAACUCUCAAGGGGAGAUUGAAGGAGCAAAUGGGCUCUAUUAACUGGGAGACUCUUAUUCAGCAGGCAUCCUUGCAAGAUGUGAACUUAUCAGCAAGUUCUUAUUAUGUCCCUGAUUCUGCUUCGAUGGCAUACCUUAACUAUGGUGCUGCUGUGAGUGAGGUGGAGGUAAACGUUCUGACUGGACAAACCACAAUUCUGCGAUCGGAUAUUAUCUACGAUUGUGGUCAGAGUCUCAACCCUGCUGUGGAUUUAGGACAGAUUGAAGGUGCUUUUGUUCAAGGUAUUGGGUUUUUCAUGCUUGAAGAAUACUCGGAAAACUCUGAUGGGAUGGUGAUUUCAGAAGGUACAUGGACAUAUAAGAUUCCUACGGUGGACACCAUACCCAAACAGUUCAAUGUUGAAGUAUUGAACAGUGGGCAUCAUAAAAAACACGUGCUCUCUUCAAAAGCUUCUGGUGAGCCACCAUUACUUCUUGCGGUUUCUGUUCACUGCGCUACAAGGGCUGCCAUUAAAGAAUCAAGAAAACAGCUUCUUCAGUGGGGCGGCCUAGAUGGAUCGGCAUCAAUAUUCCAGUUAGAUGUUCCCGCUACCAUGCCUGUUGUGAAGGAGCUGUGUGGACUGGAAGCUGUGGAGAGGUACUUGGAAUGGAUUGUAGGCAGAGAAUAAACGUACGUAUGGCUGGAAGGCAUGAUCAUGCUAGUUAAUUUGUCCAUCACAGCCAAAGAACCUAAAAUGUGAGUCAAUCGCCAUCACUUGAUCUCAAUAAGGAUACGAAUAUAGGUUUUUCAACAGAUUUUAGGUCUGUUUAUAGUGCAAAACCAAUAAAAAAAGGAGAAUUGGCAAUAGAUGAACCAUUCCAUCUCACGUUACUUGUGUUUAAGUUCGUUGUCCAGUUUUUGAACAGUACUGUUGAAUAAGCUUUUAUCUGUAAGACAACUAAAUACGAACCAUCUUAUUAUA